AUAACAAAGAUGAAGUUACUAUUCACUCUUUUGAUCGUGGCUGCUGUCACUUUGGCUGCUGCUCACGCAGCUGGCACUACAUGCCGCGCUAUUACAUUCUCUGGAGCCGGUGCCUUUGGUGCCUAUGAGGCUGGUGUCGUCUCAGGACUGUUUGCCAAACGCCCACUUAGCGAGGUGGCCUGGCAGUUUGCCACUGGUAUCAGUGCUGGUGCCAUCAACGCCGCUGGUGCAGCCAUGUUUUCUGUUGGUGACGAGGCCGGUAUGGAGCAGUUCUUGACCAGCCGUUGGUUGGGAAUCACCCCAGAGCAAGUCUUUGUCAACUGGCCCGGUGGUGUCAUGGACGGUCUCCUCCUCCAGAAGGGAAUCUACAACACCGCUCCAUUGCUCAAGUUCCUAACCGACAACCUUAACCAAACAGCACUCAACGAGUCCAACCGUGGUCUCCUCAUCGGUGCCACCAACAUUGAUACUGGCAACUUUGAUCAAUUCGAGAGAAACGAUCCAGAGAUUGUCCUCGGAGUCUUGGCCUCUGCCUCGAUCCCAGGUGUCUUCCCACCAACCUUGAAGAAUGGAUACCUUUACCAAGAUGGUGGUGUAACAUACAUGACACCAAUCACUGACACUGCUCGUCUCUGCUACGCCACUGGUGCCACCGACGUCAUUGUCGAUGUUAUUGUUGUUGGAGACCUAGAGACCACCGUCGACAUGAGCAAGGCCAAGACCAUUGACCUGUUGCUCCGUACUCUUGACAUUAUCAAGACCAACACCGACUACAAGGACAUUGAGACCACCUUCCAGGCCUUCCCCAACGUCGUCCUGAACGUCUACCACCCAAGCCAGCCACUCCCAGGCAACGGACUUUCCUUCACUUACUCAGGCCCACUCAUCAAGAUUGGUUAUGAGGAUGCCAUGAACGAGAACACCACCAUCGGUCUGACCAAGUAUGUAUCAUACACCUCACUCGUGCACUCCUCCAACUCAUUCAUUUCUAACCCAUCGAUCAAUCAAUUACACUAUUUUAGGGACAACUACGAGACUGUGUUGACCAAGGCCUUCGACCUCAAG